GGGAAUUGGCCUUGGGAACCCUAGUUCUCCUUCUCUCUCCCCUUGUCUUCCACAUCCCUCCCUCAUCUCCUCCUCUUACCACCGUUAGAUCUAUACGUGGUAUACCUUAAUAUCUAUUUUAGUGUAUCUGUUGUCUACCUUAGUGCAUCGCCUUCCAAAUCCGAAGAAGAAUUCCGAGGACAACCGGCGAGAGUGACCUCAAACCCUAGCAGCAGAUACUUCGUCUCUUCUCUCUUCCACGGAUUACAAGCCCUAGAGGGAUCGAAAGAGAUCCUUAGAGAUCGGCCAAAACCCUAGACGAAGCGGAGGGGGAUAAGAAAAAAGGGGGCAAGAUGAGGAUUAUGAUCAAGGGAGGCGUGUGGAAGAACACGGAGGAUGAGAUCCUCAAGGCCGCGGUGAUGAAAUAUGGGAAGAACCAGUGGGCUCGGAUCUCAUCGCUUCUCGUUCGUAAGUCGGCGAAGCAGUGCAAGGCCCGGUGGUACGAGUGGCUCGAUCCCUCCAUCAAGAAGACUGAGUGGACCAGGGAAGAAGAUGAGAAGCUGCUUCAUCUUGCUAAACUUAUGCCUACUCAAUGGAGAACCAUUGCACCGAUCGUCGGCCGGACACCAUCUCAGUGCCUCGAGCGCUACGAGAAGCUUCUUGAUGCAGCCUGUGCCAAGGAUGAAAACUAUGAACCAAGUGAUGACCCACGAAAGUUGCGUCCAGGAGAGAUUGACCCCAAUCCUGAGUCUAAGCCUGCACGUCCUGAUCCUGUUGAUAUGGAUGAAGAUGAAAAGGAAAUGCUCUCGGAAGCGCGGGCUCGGUUGGCCAACACCAGGGGCAAGAAGGCAAAGAGGAAGGCGAGGGAGAAACAGCUCGAGGAAGCAAGGAGGCUUGCAUCCUUGCAGAAGAGGAGAGAGUUAAAGGCAGCUGGCAUUGAUACGAGGAAGAGGAAGAGGAAAAGGAAAGGAAUAGAUUAUAAUGCGGAAAUACCUUUUGAAAAAAGACCUCUACCAGGGUUUUAUGAUGUUUCAGGUGAGGAGAGGCCUGUGGAACAGCCUAAAUUUCCAACAACCAUUGAGGAACUGGAAGGAAAGAGGAGGGUUGAUAUAGAGGCCCAAUUAAGAAAGCAAGACAUUGCAAGGAACAAAAUUGCACAAAGGCAAGAUGCUCCUGCUUCAAUUUUGCAAGCAAACAAACUAAAUGACCCGGAAGCAGUUAGGAAGAGGUCAAAACUGAUGCUUCCAGCUCCUCAGAUUUCGGAUCAAGAACUGGAGGAGAUAGCAAAGAUGGGUUAUGCAAAUGAUUUUGUCUUAUCAAAUGAGGAACUCACUGAAGGAAGUGGUGCUACGCGUGCUCUUCUAGCAAAUUACUCGCAGACUCCAAGACAAGGGAUGACUCCCUUGCGAACCCCACAGAGAACUCCAGCUGGGAAAGGUGAUGCUAUUAUGAUGGAAGCUGAAAACCUGGCACGAUUAAGAGAGUCGCAGACACCUCUUUUUGGUGGAGAGAAUCCUGAGUUGCACCCAUCAGAUUUUUCAGGUGUUACUCCAAGGAAAAGGGAGAUACAGACUCCAAAUCCAGUGGCAACUCCUCUGGCAACUCCGGGUGCUAUGAGUCUUACCCCAAGAAUUGGCAUGACUCCUUCAAGAGAUGCAUAUUCUUUCGGUGCAACACCUAAAGUGACUCCUUUCCGUGAUGAGCUUCACAUAAACGAAGAUAUGGAAAUGCAGGAUAGUGCUAAGCUUGAACUCCGCAGGCAGGCCGAGUUGAAAAAAACAUUGCGUUCUGGUUUAACUAAUCUUCCCCAGCCUAAGAAUGAGUAUCAGAUAGUUAGUCAACCAAUUCCAGAGGAAAAUGAGGAGACCGAGGAAAAGAUUGAAGAGGACAUGUCAGAUAGAAUAGCUAGAGAGAAAGCACAGGAACAAGCGAGGAAGGAGGCCUUACUCAGAAAGAGAUCUAAAGUGCUUCAGAGGGAACUCCCUAGGCCACCUGCUGCUUCAUUGGAACAUAUUAAGAAUUCUUUGAUGAGGGGUGAUGAAGAUAAGAGCUCUUUUGUUCCCCCUACUUUGUUUGAGCAGGCUGAUGAAAUGAUAAGUAAGGAGCUUCUUGCAUUACUAGAAUAUGAUAAUGCCAAAUAUCCACUUGAUGGAAAACAAGAGAAGGAAAAAAAGAAAUAUGCCAAGCAUGUGGCAAAUGGGAAAGCUAUGCCUCUGCCUGAAAUUGAAGAUUUUGAUGAGGAUGAACUGAAAGAGGCUAAUUCUUUGAUUAAGGAAGAAGUUGAAUUUCUUCGCGUGGCAAUGGGGCAUGAGAAUGAGUCUUUUGAUGAUUUUGUUAAAGCACAUGAUGCAUGCCAGGAAGAUCUUAUGUACUUCCCUGCUCGUGAUAGCUAUGGCCUUGCUAGCAUUGCUGGCAACAGUGAAAAACUUGCUGCUUUGCAAAAUGAAUUUGAGAUCAUGAAGAGGAGAAUGGAUGAUGAAGCAAAAAAGGCAACACGACUUGAACAGAAGGUUAAACUUCUCACACAGGGAUACCAGACAAGGGCUGGAAAAUUAUGGUCACAGAUAGAGGCCACAUAUAAGCAAAUGGACACUGCUGCUACAGAACUUGAAUGCUUCAAAGCUUUACAAAAGCAAGAACACUUAGCAGCCUCAUACAGAGUCAGUGGCUUAAUUGAAGAAGUCAACAAACAGAAAGUGCUCGAGCAGAGCCUCCAGCAACAGUAUGGGGAUCUCUUAACUGAGCAUGAUAGAAUUCAAAAGCUACUGGAAGAACACAAAGCACAAUUACGGAUACAGGAAGAAAUUGCUGCCAAAAAUCGUGCACUUGAGGAAGAACUUGCAGCAAGGAAUCGUGCCCUCGAGGAAGAAGCGGCAGCAAAACAUGGUACUCUGGAUGAAAAAUUGGCAGAAGAGAACCAGCAUGUGGACACUGCUCAGUUGCGUGACGUCUGUAGGCCAGAUUCAGGAUUGGAUCAAACUGAUUUACCAAAUGCAGAUCAUACUGAAACCAGCUCUUCGUGCAAACAACCUAUACCUUCAAUACCCAGCAGCCGGUUGUUUGCAGAUGGUUCGUCUGAGAGAAAAGAUGCUUUUGAAGGUCAAUCUACCCAAAGCGCAAAUGUAAUUCAAGAGGGUCUUAGUGAUAGCAAGCAUACUUAUGUCGUUGAUAAAAAUGCUGAAUUAUCAGGUGGUGUGGCUGGAUUUGUUAAUGAAGAAAAAGAGAUGGUUGGCCAUAUGAUUGAUGCACCUGCUCCAGUUCAAAAUCAAAUAGAUGGCUUGCGGGAGCAGGAAACAACAGUUGCCCAUUCAGGUAGUGAGGUUGCUGGUGCACCAGUUAUACAGCCCACUAUAUCUCAACAAACCAGGGAUCCAUCUGCUUCCUCUGACUCGGCUGUUCAGAUGACCGCUUGUUUAAGCGAUCAGAUAACUGUUUCAUGUUCAACUGGCUUGGAGAAUAUGGUGGUGGAUUCAGGUGAUGGAGUGGUGGAUGGUGAGCUGGUUGGAUGCUCCAAUAUUUCUACACAAGCUGUUGUUCCUGUUGAGUCUGGGAAUGCCGAUACCCGGUCCGCUGACCAAAUUGCUGGUGAUUCAAGCAAUCAAGCAGCUGCUGCUAGCGCACUAUGCUCUGAAGAAAAGAUACAUUCUGAUUUUUCUAUUCGGACAGCUGUUAAUUCAGCAGACUACACCCUUAACAGUACAGAUGGUGGAAUUGUAAGUGAGACUAAUGUCUCAAUUCCAGAUUGCGGGGAGAAUUCAAUGGUUAAAUCAGAUGAUAAGGCAGAAACAGGAGAUGGCAAGUGAUGAUACCGGACUGUUUGGUUAAAUAUGCAAGCAUUCCAUCUGUAAGUGAUUCUAUGACCAACGUGAGGCUUUAGUCCCCAACACUGUCCAUGUGAAAAAUAAGGGUUAUGUCACUUAUUGCACCUUGAUGGUGAACCUAGUGAUGUUGGAACUGACAACUUUAAUGUUUUCCUUAAUGCAGUCAGGAGGAUUAUUGGAGGGUUUUAGUUUGAGAGAUCCUGUCUCAGUGGGCUAUUGCAAUAUUAAUUUGGGAAAAAACAGCCUUUUGUUUCUAUGGAAAAUUGAGGAGUUAUUGUUGGCUUGUUGCAGUAAUGUGCUUAUAACUGUUCUUAGGUGCUGAUGACUCCAAUGUUUGGUGGUUGGAGGCCACCUGUCGAGUCUUCUCUGAUUGUGGGCUUGAAUCUCAUGGUUGUAUUGUGUUUUUCUCAGGCUAAUGUAAUCUGACAUUUGAAAGAACACGAUGUGAGUUGGUAUUUCAAGCGUUGACUACUCUUAUUUUGCU